UUUUCAUUGCGUAAAAACGAUAAAAAUUGAUGUUUAAAUAACGAUUUAUAAAUGUAUACUAUUAUUAACUUGUAUAAAUGAGUUAUUAUCAAAUGUGCUAAUAAUUCAAUGCAUAUGUACAUUUCUGAUCAAUAAAUAUAGAACAGUUAAAAGUGAUUUGUAACGACUUUAAUGAAGUGUAAAAUUGACAUGGAGUAUAACAGUGAGGUAGAAUCGUCUUUACAAAGUGAUUCUAUUUUAAGUACUGCAUCGAGUACAAAGUAUCGUGAAGAAACUAUUUCUAUAGAGGAACAAUCAUUAUUAAAUUUUUUGCAAAAAGGAAUAUUGGAAACAAGUGAAGAAAAUAUAGCUUUUGGAAAACAAAUAUUACCAUUAUUGAAUAAAUUAAAUUUGGAACCACAAUCUUUGCCUAAUGACAUCAAGGAAGGAUUGCAAAAAAUAGCUUUAGUAUUAAGAUGUGAAAAAUUGAGUGAUUUUAAUGAUGUUGCAUUGAAUAUAGUAAAUGAAAGAAAGAAAAUAGAAGAAAAGAAAAAACAGCAUGAGGAGAAACAAUUGGCAUUAUUAUAUGAUGACCUUUUUAGAAAAUAUUCCAGUUUUUCAAAAAAACUCAAUUAUUUACAAGAAGCUGUAAUUUCUCUUGAAAGCUUUAUUGAGAAAUCUCAAAAAGAACAAGAAGAUAUUUAUUGUAAUCAUGCUUCAUUAUCUACAAAAUUAAAAGAAUAUCAGCAAACUGUAGAAAAGUUAGAAACUGAUUUAAUAGAUAUGCAAGUGGAAGAUCUUUACCCUACAAAAAUAUUAAAUAAAUAUCAUAGAUAUUUAGAAAUGUCUGGUGAAUUAGCGGAACUCAAUCAUUAUCUUAGUCAGUAUAAAGACUUGCCACCAAAUUUACUACAAGCUAAAGCUUUAGUUGAUGUUAAACGAAAAGAAUAUGAAACCUUGAAGAAUGCAUUAUUAGACAAAACAAAUUAUUUUCUUGAAUGAUUAGAUAAUAAGUAAUAAUAUAAUUAGAUAAUAAGUAAUAUAGAAUUAUCAAUUAUUUUUUGUAAUUUUUUUCACUUUUGUAUAAUAAUAAAAAAAUAUAUGUAUAUUUUUCACAA